AUGAGCAAUGAUUUUCUUCUCGGACAAAUACUUAGAAUUCCUCCAAUUACAAGAUACAUAGUUCUCCUUAUAUCAAUAGUAGAACUACUUGUGUACAUAGACGCUGUGUCCCCGUACAGCUUGUACUACUCGCCCUUGUUCCUUAAGAAGUUGGAGAUAUGGAGAGUAUUCACGUCAUUCCUUUACUUUGGAAGGCCAACGCUGGAUAUGUUUAUGCACGUUGUUUUUCUAUAUCGCUAUUCCAGGAUGCUCGAGGAAGGUUGUGCAAGCACCUCGGAGUACUUUUGGCUAAUUUUUGUCAUAUCGUCUGCCCUUUUUGUUAUAUCAAACAUCUACGGAAUAUCAGCACUCGGAACAUCAUUUUCCUCAACCAUAACAUACAUCUGGACAAAGAGAAAUCCCAGGGCAAUUGUCCAGAUAUUUGGGUUUAUUUCGUUUCCUGCAUUUUACCUCCCGUUCAUUCUCCCCGGAUUUAUGUUGUUAUCGAAAAGAUCGAUAUCUAUAGACGAUGUACUGGGAAUAGUUGUAGGGCACCUGUUUCACUAUUUCAAAGAUGUUUACCCUAGAUGGGGACGAGAUGUUUUAAAGACUCCAUGCUGGGCCAAGAAGCUUUUCAAUGAGCAUCCUUCUGGCUGUUGCAAGUCUCAAAAGGGGAUUACAAUAGGAGAAGCAAGGAAAAAAUACGAAAAAAGCAUGGGAAGCUCCUUCAGAAGCAAUGAGGAUACUGAAAUAAGCGCGGGGGCAGCAGAUUCUAGGAAUGACGAACAUGUAAAUACAGAAACCCCAAUACGAAAUUGUACAGAUCCUUCAGGGGAUUCACAUAAGGUCUCUUCUUUGGGACCCACCUCUGUUUCCACGGCAGUGACCUCUUCAGGAAUACCAGAAGGCAAUUCUUUUGAUGCUAAUAAUAUUCUUUGUGAUAAGGAGGUAGUAACAGAAAACGUUCUCGAGGCUCAGCAGUCCGACGAGGAUUGGGAUGAAAAAUGGGGCGAAAGUGACAAUGAAAGUAUCGAAUAA